CUAACAGAAAAUCAACAACUAAUAUUAUGAAUUCGCAAAACAAAACAUAACAAUACUAAAAUAACCAAAUAUGCUAUGUGUCGUUUUAUUAUAAAUAUAGCCAAUUCAUUCACAAUGAUCAUAAGCUCUAUCUCUCUCUCUCUCUUUAGCACCUUUCUCUAAGUAGCAUCUCUAUUACUCUUCUUCUUCUUUUUCACGAGAUUGAGUAUGGAUGAAUUUGGAGCUAAGUAUGAGUGCUUGUUCUUUGAUAUGGACGAUACUCUAUACCCUUUGAGCAUCGGAAUCAACUUAGCUUGUCGAAACAACAUCCAAGAGUUCAUGCUUAACCAACUCGGGAUAGAAGAGAGUGAAGUUCCAAAGAUGUGUCUUGAUCUUUACAAAGAAUAUGGAACCACCAUGGCUGGUCUCAAGGUUAUGGGUUAUGAAUUCGACAACGAUGAGUUCCAUGAAUAUGUACAUGGAAGACUUCCUUACGAGAAACUAAAACCUGACCCCGUUCUCCGUAACCUUCUUCUCUCUAUGCCUCACCGUAAGAUCAUCUUUACCAAUGCAGACAAAGCUCAUGCAACACGAACCCUUAACCGUUUGGGUCUAGAGGACUGCUUCGAAGGAAUCAUUUGCUUCGAAACACUAAACCCUUCUUCUGAUACUAACACUCAAGUCCUCUGUAAACCCUCUGUUCAAGCCUUUGAAGCCGCCAUUCGCAUAGCAGACAUCGUUGAUCCACGCAAAACGAUGUUCUUUGAUGACAGUGUCCGUAACAUCGCUAGUGCCAAAGCAGCAGGGCUCAAAACCGUGUUCGUGGGUGACUCGGUGCUGGUUCCAGGUGCAGACUAUGCACUAAGCAGCAUUCACAACAUUAAGGAAGCUAUACCAGACUUAUGGGAAGGCAACAAAGACGAGAAGGUGGAGGCAAUUGUGCAGCAAGUGGCGGUUGCAACCAUGGUUCAAGCUUAAAAGAUAAUGAACUUUAAAUAAGACUCUUACAUUGUACUUUCAACUCAUGUAAUCAUAAAGAAAUAAACAUAAAGACCAUAACUUGAAACU